CACAACAUCUGGGCCACCAUAUUUGGACCACAUCCAUGUUGAGAACGGGCGGUGCUGAGUCGGCACCAUCAUAAAGCUACAGCAAUAGCCCUAUAUCGCGCCCCUUUAGUAGAGAGGAUGACUCGAGUGAACCGGUUCAAUUCCCCUGUCCCUGACCACGAGUACCUCGCGGACGGGGACGUGCUGUUCUACCUGAGGGACGCAGUGACCCAGCUCCUGGACCACCAACAGGAGUACACCACGUUCGGGCUGAUCCGCUACUUCGCUGAAUAUUUCAGCAGUGUGAAGAACAGUAACCAUGUACUCUUCAGAGAAUAUAACUACAUCAGGGCCACUCCCCAUAACAGGGCCUCCUUCAUCCGAGUCUUCUGGAGAUGUUACAGACAGAUUGGCAAAAGCGGUGACUUACUGUCCACGCUGGAGUACAGGUCGCUUCUGCAGUUAUUGUGUCCAGACUUCCCUUUGGAGAUGGUGCAGCGUGCAGCCAGAAUUGUUCAGAUGGAAGAUGUCGUAGACUGUCUGAUGUCUUUUUCUGAUUUCCUUUAUGCCCUCCAGCUGCAUUUCUACUACCCAGAGUUCCUGAACAGCAUGCUGCUGAUCUACCAGGAUCUGUUAGCAGGGAAGAGUCCCAACACCGUCAUCGUUCCCACAUCCACCUCCAUCGACCUGCUCCGUUCUGUGGCUGCAGAGAACAUCAGCAAGGAAAAGCAGCAGCAACAGCAGGACGGAGUAGACCCGUCCACUCUAGCUCAGUGCAUUGAUGCCCUCUGUGACAGGUUCAAACACAGUCAUCCCCCCAGGUCCUGCAUGAGGGAAGUACUUGGACAGACUAACAAAGUCUAUUACUACAGCUUCCUAAUGAGCCUGGCCAAACACGAGAGCAUCAACCAAACUAUUGGGGCACUACCCAGCAGGGCAGAGUUUCUCAUUGAUCCAGAGAUGGACCAGGACCUGGACAAACUAAUUGCUCAGAUCUCAGUAAGUCCCAGCAGCAACAGCAGCGGUAGUGCGGUGGGGGGGCUGAAGGAGGUGCACAGGAGAGCCUCCCCCAGGAGGAACAUCCACCACAGGAGGAAGAUUGAGGUGGAAAGCGAUGGUUCCACGGAAGAGACCGACUCCUCUGAAAACUGACCUCUUUCAGUAGUCUGACACCUCCCCUUUCAUCUUAAGUGGUGUGGUUUAUGUCACAACUUUCAUGUAAACCCAAAAUAGUACUGGACCACUCCAGAGAACACUCCAGCUAGCAACAGACCGUCUGCUUUUCGUCCACCAGUGAUGUCCAGAAAAGGGAAAUGAGUCUUCAUGAGGACCCUUGCACUCAAGAUGGACUGAUUAUGCUAUGUAUUAUUGGCCUACAGUAUGUUCUGCUCAUGUGAUAGUCUCAUGCACACGAACAUGUAACUGCUCUGGAGCAAUUUUUAAUUUUACUGCGAUCUUAAAAUUUACAGUUAGGAGUAUAUUUUAUUUUGCUAACAGUGAGUGGUAUAACUACGCUGAAUUACAGUUCACACAAUUCUACCUGAAAUUUGAUUGUUAUAUUGGAGAAGACUCAUGAUAGCAUACCAUAAUGAAACCAAUACAUUACAUUAAGACUGUUCGCAUUUCAUUAGACUAGAUUAGUGCCUCUCUUCUAUUAAAAGGUCCUUUUUUGGCUGUAUUGGUUUAUUUGUUAAAACCCCGACCAUUUUCUUUGUUUUUGGUCUGAGUUUUACAUAAAUACUUCACACAUCAAA